AUGCUUAUCUACCCUCGGAUAUGGGUGGGCGUCGGGGAUCACAAAGAAGUUAAAAAGAAGAAGAAAAAAAAGAUGGUGCGGAUAUCGGAUCUAGCUAUCUCAGAAAGUAAGCAGCUUGUUUCCAUUCUUCUCUCGCCAAUUAUUUUUAUCUAUCUAUCUAUCUAUCUAUCUAUCUAUCUAUCUAUCUAUCUAUCUCAUGUUCACCUAUUUAUCUCUAUCUAUCUAUCUAUCUUUUCAUAUCUAUCUAUCUAUCUCAUCUAUUUCAUUCAUUCAUUCAUCUAUCUAUCUAUCAUCUAUCUAUCUAUCUCAUCUAUCUAUCUAUUAAUAUCUAUUUAUCUAUCUAUCACAUUAUGUUCGUGUCUACCUAUUUAUCUAUCUCAGUCUUUUUCAUAUCUAUCUAUCUAUCUAUCUAUCUAUCUAUCUAUCUAUCUAUCUCAGUGUAUUAAUAUCUAUCUAUCUCAGUGUAUUAAUUUCUAUCUAUCUAUCUAUCUCAGUGUAUUAAUAUCUAUCUAUCUAUCUAUCUAUCUAUCUAUCUAUCUAUCUAUCUAUCUCAGUUGUAUUAAUAUCUAUCAUCUAUCUAUCUAUCUAUCUAUCUCAUGUAUUAAUAUCAUUCAUCUAUCUAUCUUCUACGGUGGACCCCAUAACAUUGCCUAUCUACGUUUCUCUCUCUCUCUCUCUCUCUCUCUCUCUCUCUCUCUCUCUCUCUCUUUAUUUAUGUUCCGUUAA